AUGGCUAUCAAAACGGAUAUGAGUAAGGCUUAUGAUCGGGUUGAAUGGUCUUUUGUUGAUCUUCUUCUCCGGAAACUUGGCUUCUGCGAUAAAUGGGUGUCUUGGAUUAUGAGUUGUGUUACGACAGUUCAGUAUAAGGUUUUGAUCAAUGGUCAAGCCCAUGGAUCUAUUACCCCUUUUCGGGGAUUAAGGCAGGGUGAUCCUCUUUCGCCCUACCUUUUCAUCCUCUGUACGGAAGCCUUAAUUGCACAAUUCCGCAAAGCGGAGCAGCUGAAGCUUAUUACUGGUAUAAAGGUUUCUACAGCCAGCCCUGCUAUCUCGCAUCUCUUAUUUGCGGAUGACAGUUUAUUCUUUUGCCGAGCAACAAAGGAGCAGUGCGAGGUUGUGCUUCGGAUUCUCAGGAAGUACGAGCGGGCUUCUGGACAGCAAAUUAAUUUCCAGAAGUCUUCCGUCCAAUUUGGUCAUACUGUGGAUCAUGGUCUACGCGAGGAAUUAAAAGGGGUGUUAGGUAUUACAAAUCUAGGGGGUAUGGGGUCUUAUUUGGGCAUCCCGGAAAGCCUUGGGGGAGCAAAGACACAAAUCUUUUCUUAUGUCCAGGACCGCCUCCAAUCACGGGCCAGUAGUUGGCCUGCCCGUCUCCUUUCUAAAGGCGGUAAGGAGGUAAUGAUUAAGUCGGUGGCCACGGCAGUUCCUACCUUUGUAAUGUCGUGCUUUCGAUUACCCAAGACGAUUACGAGGAAGUUAACAAGUGCCAUUUCUAACUAUUGGUGGAGUUCAUCUGGACAAUCGCGGGGAUUACAUUGGGUGGCUUGGGAUAAGCUUUGUCAGGAUAAAACAGAGGGAGGUUUGGGCUUUCGGGGUUUGGAUGAUUUUAACACAGCUUUGCUGGCGAAGCAGCUAUGGCGUUUGAUCUCCGUUCUGGACUCUCUGUUCGCACGGGUUUUUAAGGGCCGGUAUUAUAGGCAUUCGGAUCCUUUGGAUCCAAUUAAAUCUUACUCACCAUCCUAUGGAUGGAGAAGUAUUAUUUCUGCUCGCUCUCUGGUUAACAAAGGACUUAUUAAACGGGUAGGAUCGGGGGUCUCCAUCUCUGUAUGGCAUGACCCGUGGAUCCCUGCCCAAUCCCCGAGACCAGCUAUAGGCACAGGGUUGUCUUCUGACCACCUGCUUUCCGUUCAAAACCUUAUUAACAGGAGUUCUAAUUCCUGGGACAUGGCUCUACUUUCGGCUACUUUUGUACCGGAAGAUGUUGCUUUGAUUUCUGCCUUACCGCUGCGGUUACCCGAUAAACCAGAUUCAUUAGGUUGGCAUUUUACAAAGUCAGGGAAUUAUACGGUUAAGUCAGGGUACCACCUUCUUCAGUCUUCUACUGCGGCUUCGGUUGUUCUGUCGGUGGUCGGGUCGAACUAUGUACCUCUUCAGGCCUUUGUGUGGAAAAUACGGUGCCCGCCAAAACUUCGUCAUUUUAUGUGGCAAGUGAUUUCGGGUUGUGUGGCGGUCACAGCUAAUUUACGGAAACGGGGAAUUAGUUGUGAUCCCGUGUGUGGUCUUUGUGGAUUUGAGGAGGAGACGAUAAACCAUGCUCUUUUUGAGUGUCCGCCAGCCAGACAAGUCUGGGCUCUAUCACAGUUUCCGACGGUUCAGGGUGCUUUCCCAUCGGAAUCGAUUCUCACAAAUAUAGAUUUCCUUUUCUGGCGCUUCAAGGAUGUUCCUUCGCAGGAUCGAUUCCCAUGGAUUCUAUGGUAUAUUUGGAAAGCACGUAAUGAUAAACUAUUUAGUAAUUUGGAUUCCAAUCCACUAGCAAUACUACGGCUAGCGGAGGAUGAGGCUAAUGCUUGGUUUCUUGCUCAGACAGAGGGAGUAGAUUCAGAGGAGGGCCACCCUCUUUUGGGUAUACCUUCUGAUGGAGGCAUUAGAGUUUCAAGGUUCUCUAGGCCUACUUCGAGCCUCCUAUGCUUCGUGGAUGGCUCAUGGAAAGCGACGGAUCAGUUUUCUGGUAGAGGAUGGUUCUGUGUUUCGCCCGGGGGGGAUGGCCCAACAAUGGGAGCUUCUAAUCUUCGUAGGAGUCUCUCCCCUCUUCAUGCGGAGAUCGAGGCCCUUAUAUGGGCAAUGCGAUGUAUGAUUGGAGCAGAUAACCAAUCCGUUGUCUUUCUUACCGAUUGCUCUGACCUGGUGAAGAUGGUGUCUUCGCCUUCCAAGUGGCCAGCCUUCACACCUUACCUGGAGGACGUACAGGCGGAUAGAGAGGAGUUUACUUCUUUUUCUUUAGUCUAUGUUCCUCGUACCCAGAAUGGUAAAACGGAUAAAUUGGCUCGACAUGUUCGUGCAGUUCCGUAUUUAGUUAUCUUUGUAAAUAAUCUUUCUUCGCAUUGGCUCGUUUGA